AAUUGCCAUAUAAAAGUACGGAACUUAAAGUUCACCAUCAUUUCAUAAUCAGGCGUUUCAUAACAGGUGACAGGCCUUUGACCUGUUAAGGCAUUUUUUUAUUGGACUACUUCUUAUUGCAUAUUAAUGAGAAGGGUGGAGUUAGUAUAUAUAUGGUGAGAUCAGGAAACACAUACGCUGGAAAAAACGAAGAUACCAUCUCCCGACGAUGGAAGAAGAAAUAGCCAUUGUGGGGAUAGGAUGUCGUUUUCCAGGGGCAGAUAAUAUUGAUGAAUACUGGCGAGUUCUCGUUAAUGGCGAGAAUCAUGUUGUUGAUAUUCCACCCGAGAGAUGGAACAAUGAAGCAUUUUACAGUGAAGAUAAAGACGAGCCAGGCAAACAUUAUGUGAAGAAGGCUGGGUUUAUCAGCAAACACGAUGAAUGGGACAACAAAUUGUUCCAGGUAAGUGAGAAUGAGGCGGAACGUGUCGACCCCCAGCAGAGAUAUGUUCUUGAGUGUACACAUAUGGCAAUGGAAGAUGGCGGCAUUACGAGGAAAGAUCUGCAGGGAUCUUCAACCGGUGUUUAUAUCGGUGUUAUGAAUGAUGACUACAAAGUAAUCGCCAGUUCAGACCACAACGACGACACGAACUAUUCGGCAACAGGAAUGAGUACUACAAUAAUAGCUUCCCGUGUAUCAUUCACGUAUAACUUACAAGGACCUUGUAUGGUGAUAGAUACCGCGUGCUCAUCUUCUAUGAUAGCCAUACAUCUUGGUAGUCAAGCUAUUAGGACAGGUGAUUGUGAGAUGGCAGUUUGUGGCGGUGUUAGUAGCAUUAUAUCUCCAGAUACAUUUAUGGCCCUGUGUAAAGCCCGGAUGAUGUCACCGACAGGUCAAUGUCAAACGUUUUGUGACACCGCCGACGGAUACGCACGUGGGGAAGGAUGUGGAAUUGUUAUACUAAAGUCUUAUGCAAAGGCAAUUAGGGACGGAAACAAAAUUUGGGGAAUCGUAAAAACUGGAAGCAACCAGGACGGACGAGUGUCUCAGCCUAUCACCGCGCCGUCUGGAGAUCAACAAGAAGAAUUGCUGAAAAAAGUUUAUAAACAAUAUAACGUGGAUCCCUCAUCUCUACAGUACAUUGAGGCGCAUGGGACUGGAACACCAAUUGGAGAUCCAACGGAAGCCAAUGCACUAGGAAGAUUUAUUUCAUUGCAUCGUGGAAAAGGUAUCAAUGAUUCAGCCUCAGAUGAUGAAAGUUUGUCUUCAAAACCUGACAGUGGAAACCCGUCAGAAUCAGAACCGUCAGACAGCGAAAGAGAAGAUACAGUGGAAUCUAAGGAAGAAAUAUCUGACGAUGUGAACUCUUUAGACAAUCAAUGUAUGCAUCCUGGUAAGAUUAUUCCUAUUGGAUCUGUUAAGACUAACAUUGGUCAUACUGAAUCAGCCGCGGGUGUUGCAGCACUUAUCAAAGUGUUAUUGAUGAUGAAAAAUGGAAAAAUUGUACCAAGCCUUCAUGUUAAGAAAGACAAAUCUAAUUUGAAUCAGAAGAUUAAACUAGAUGAAUAUGGUUUAGACAUAGCUCUUGACGUAGCAGAUUGGUUGCCAAAUGAAGCGGGUGAAAGAAUUUGCUGUGUAAAUUCGUUUGGAUUCGGCGGAUCAAAUAGUCACGCCAUUGUGAUGCAGAACACACGUAUGCCGUAUCCUUCAAUAAACCGACCCCAUCCAGUCGAAUUAUCGACAUACGAUGUAAUUUGUCUAUCGGCGUUAGAUGCUAACUCGUUGAAAAAUACAAUGGCAUUGGUAGAACAGGACCUGAUGGACGAUGUUAAUUUGCAAGACUUAUCAUAUACAUCGGCAUUUCAUCGGGAUCACUACCCUGCACGUACUAUACUAUUUGGAACUGAUGUUGAAGAAAUACAACAGCAACUAAAAGUGAAAAUGCAAAGUAUUGAUAAACUAGAGACAAGCAAAAGUACUCGAAAAGUAUUUGUGUUUUGCGGAGUAGGUACAACCUGGCAAGGUAUGUGUGCUGAAAUGAUGGCUUCACAACCUGUGUUUAGAAAUACAAUAUCAAUAAUUGAUCAGUAUCUACAACCAUUGUCUGGAUGGAGCAUAGCUGAUAAGUUUAAAAAUGUUGAAACAGAUUACAGUGACCCAUUCUUGAAUCAUAUUGCAAUAUUUUGUACUCAGGUGGCCUUAUUUGCAUUAUGGAAAAGCUGGGGUGUUACACCCGACAGUAUUAUUGGUCAAUCUGUUGGGGAAGUUGCAGCAGCGCAUGCGUCAGGAGCACUUCCUCUCAAAGAUGCCGUUAAUGUUAUUUAUUACAGAUCCAAGAUCCUGGCUGAAAUGACUGGUGGAAAAAUGAUGGUUGCAGGCAACUAUGCUAUUGAAAAUAUUGAGGCUUUGUGCGAGAAAUACGACAAUAAAGUCACAAUUGCUGUAUACAACAGUCCAAGUUCGUGUACUCUUUCUGGGGACGCUGAUGUCAUGGAAAAAAUAAAGUCAGAACUAGAGGACUUGAAUGAUAAAGACAACGCAGAUAUAAUGAUAAGACCCCUGUCUGUGCAAUGUGCAUACCAUAGCCACCAAGUUGAUUCAUGCAUGAAUAUAAUUGAGUCACAGUUAAAAGAUAUACAUAAAGGGGUUCGCAGAAUAGAACAUAUUUCAACUGUCACGGGUGAUAUCGCCGAAAAUGAAGAAUUUCAAACUGGAAAAUACUGGGCUGAAAAUAUCCGCCAGCCAGUUAAAUUUAUGCAUGCGAUCUUAAAAGCAUCUCGAGAAGGAGUUACGAAUGUGUUUAUAGAGAUUGGUCCAAGGCAAGUUCUGCGAGCACAUUUGCCCAACAUCAUGGGCGAAUCAUUCAAGGGAAUCUCUCUUCCGUCAAUGAACGGCAAAAAAGAAUGUGUCAGUGUUUAUUCAUCACUGAGUACUCUUUUUGAGUUAGGAUCUGAAAUAGAUUGGAGAGGUAUAAUUUCAACAUCUGGUAUUCCAAUUGCAUCGCCACGAUACGGAUUUAACAAGACAAAGUUUCUUUAUAUUCCAGAGUCUGCUGCACAGAUGUUACAAGGAAUACCAUUUAAUUCGGACCCUCACAUGUAUGUUCGAAGAAAUGGUGGAGACAGUGCCGAGUUUCGUAUCCUUAUUGAGAAGGAAUCCACACCUUUUGUGUACGACCAUUACUUUCUAAACGCAAUCUUAGUUCCCGGUGCAACAUAUGUUGAAGCAGCAUUUGAAUGUGGUCAAAGGAAGUCUAACUUGAAUGCGUAUGAGCUUUCUGUUUCCACAGAAUUUGUUAAGCCGUUCACACCUCCAGACGAAAAACAAUACCAAAUUGAUAUUGAAAUGACUGAAGAUGAAGACAUUGACGGACACCGAUAUGCAAUGAAGAGAGAUAAUCGCACUCUCUGUCAUGGGACAAUUGUCCGAAGGAGUGAGCCGGAAAGGGCGAUCGUUGACAUUUCUCAUAUUCAGUCCAGAUGUAAAACAUAUAAAAACAAAGAAGAGAGUUAUGCCUGUUUGGAAAGAAUCGACUUCAAUUACGGGGAAUCACUUAGCUUGAUAGAACAGUCAUGGUCUUCACCUUCUGAAUGUCUAGCCGAGUUUAUUGUUCCAGAGGAAGUAAAGAUACAAGGAAAAGCAACACAUCUGCAUCCGUCAAUCAUUGAUGCCAUGUUUCAAACAUUUGGUAUAUUAAGUACUCUUGGUACAGAUGGUCCGACAUUACCAAAGGGUCUCAGCUCUAUUGUUAUAAACAGACCUCCUCAAGCGCGAAUGUUCGGUUAUUCACAGAUGGUGAAAGCAACCCCAAUAGGGAACCACUACAAUUCAAUGUUACUCUCAACAGACGGCCAUGUGAUAGCAGAAAUAAAAAACUUUUACACGAAAACAAUCAGGAUAUCCGAUGCACCAAACCAAAGUAUAGUUUAUGAUGUAACUUGGCAUAAGGUCAAAGAAGAAGAAAUCAGACAGGAAGAAGAAGAGCAAUCGAAUGGUCGCAUAGUUGUUUUUGGAACCAGACGAUUUAUCAACUGUUACCAAUAUGCCGACGAUACAAACUCAACUUCUUAUGAAUUAAACGACAGUCUUGCAGAUACAGAAUCAAUGUACAGAAUGGCUUUUGAUCAAAUCAACAAUAUUCGUGCAUUUGUCUUUGCUCCCUGUUAUCAUGUGCAAAAUUUGAAUAAUGGAAAUAAAUCAGUUUAUCAAUGUGCGAAACACACAUUUCUAUCCCUUGCAACAUUAAUUAAGGUUAUCCAAGAAAACAACGUCACGUUGCCUAUUUUUGUGAUUACUGAGAAUGUAAAAGCAGCACCAGACCGUAAUAUAUCUGCUUCGAAUGUUUGUGGAGGAGAACUAUGGGGCAUGGUCAGAUCAGCAAUGGCCGAGACAGCCUACGGUGACCUCAGAAUAAUUGAUAUGUCACUGACAGAUGAAAAUGCUAUCGCUCUAGAAUCUGUUCUAAACAGAAAUACAGUUAAUUACAGCGAAUACUUGAUUGAUAGCGGGAAUGUUUUCUAUAACGAAUUCAUUGAAGACCCAGAACAAGAUAUCGAGCCAAACUACCGUGAGUUAGACUACGAACAUACAGAAGACCUUAUUUUGAAAUCAACAAACCCUGCAGUUGUUACAAAUCCACAUUUUCAACUCAAGAUGAAGAAAAAAGAAGAGACUGGAAUUUUUAACAGCUGCAAGAUACGUUUGAACUCAAUCUUUCUUCAUGAUUCUGCGAUGUAUCCUACAUCAACAGUGUCCGAAGAUGCCGAAAACAACUUCUGGCCAGAAAAUGACGAAAACGGAUUUCAAGUUGUUUGCAUUGAAGGUAUUGGAUGGUUAGAAGAUAAAAAUAAAAAGGCAAAAAAAGUAAUGGAAAAGACACCAAAAGUUGGAUUUUGCUAUCCUGUUGAUGUGUCGUCAAUUGUUAGCAUUCCAUCAAAAUGCACAUUUGAUAUCGGUUGUUUGCAAACAUACACUCCCGGAACAAUGUCAGUAGGGGUGUUACUAUGGAACAUUGUUGAGCUUUGCAAACAAACAUCAAGCAUAUUUGUAAUUGUAGAGGACGACUCAAGUUCAUGGAUAAAUCUUUUAAAGGCACUGUUAAGUAAAAUGAAGAAGGUAAGCAUAAAGAUAGAGGCAAAGGAAAAGGUGGUAGAUCCUUCAAUAGAAUUUGCAAUAUCUGCUCAAACAUUAGUUGUGUUGUCUACAAUAACAGCUGGACAUAUAGAAGUUCUCCGACGAAAGUUUUCUACAGUCCAGAAAAUCAUUAGUAUUGAAGAAUAUUUCCCCAGAUACAUGCAAAGAUGGAUGCAUCACAACAUGAAAAGCAUUGUUGUACAUAUACUAAACACCGAAAAGCUUUUUACAUACUCUGAGCUCACUGAUAAGGUACCAAAGGUGUACAAUUGGCUGAAAACACUUGAUAACAGUGUGAAAGAUUCACUUACAGAAAUAUCAACAGAUGAGUAUUAUGAAGAGAAGGAAACGUCCAUCUUUAAUCUGCCGUAUCCUGAGCUUCAUUUAAAUGAGGGGAAAAAUACCGAAAAUUACAUUCCGCUUAAAGUGUUCAGAACAGAAAUCUUUCGGAAAAAUGGUUGCUACGUUUUAAUUGGAGGUUUAACGGGGUUGGGUUGGGAGCUUUUGCUACUGAUGGCUGAGCUUGGAGCUGGAUACAUAUCGACAUUCUCUAGGCGCCCACCUUCUGACGAAAAACAAGUAGAGAUUGAAGAAGUUCAGAAAAGAUUUGGAUGUAGAAUACUGCCAAUGCAAGUAGAUAUCACUGAUAUAGAUGGCCUAAAGAAAACGUUACUUGAUUUACAAUUGAAGUUAGGCGAGGCUCAAAUAAAAGGAGUAUUUCAUGGAGGCGGCGUGAUAAAUGAUAUGCUUCUGAACAACAUGACAUUGGAGGAUGUUGAGAAGCCUUUACAGCCCAAAGUUCUCGGUACGUGGAAUCUUCAUAUGGCAACGCUCGAUUUACCACUCGAUUACUUUGUUCUCCACUCAUCUAUAGUAGCUAUAUUUGGAAAUCCAGGUCAGUGUAAUUAUUCUGCAGGUAACUCAUUUCAAGACUCAUUUGCUCAUUACAGAAGAAGUCUCGGAUUGUGUGGUCAGAGUAUUAAUUGGAGUACACUCUCUCUUGGAAUGGCUGCAGAAAACACAGAAAUGGAGAAAAACUUCAAAAGUCAAGGGUUUUAUUAUCUGCACAAAGAUGACAUCAGAGCAUGUUUCAUGAGGGCUGUGAUGACGAAUCCUCCACAAGUUACUUUUGGAGUUUUUGAUUGGUCGAUUAUGGAAUUCCAUCCGACAAUCAAAUCGUAUCCUUUCAAAUUUGUUGGACUGUUGGAUAAGUAUGGAACAAAGAAUGCUACGUUCAAAAAGACAGAUUCAAAAUAUAGCUUUGAUAUAGAAGAAUAUAACAAUGCUAACGAUGAAGAAAAGAAAGAAAUGAUAAUGGACCUCAUAAAGAAAAUGGCCGCGGAUACAUUCAUUGCUGAUGAUAGUGCCCUCAGUGCAGAGACUCGCUUCGUAGAACUUGGAAUUGAUUCAAUGGCUGCAAUGAGCUUUGCGAAUUCGGUUUUCGAUACUAUGCAAGUUAGAAUUCCUGUCGUCACUUUGCUAUCCGAUACAACGACCAUUGAAUCACUCACUUUAUAUCUUACAGAAAAUAUACAAAAUGGCGGAGGCUCUUCUUCCACGGGCGGCGGUGACGGACAAGCUGAAACAAACCGAGAAGACAACAGAAAGCUUUUGGACUAUUUACGAGGAACAGUAACCUUCAUGCAAAGAAGUUUGCUGAAUGAUUAUGUUAAGAACCCACACAGUCGAAACUUAUCACGACAGGCAGAUUAUGAAGUAACAGGCCUCAAGCUUAAGCCAAAAGACUGGAGAGUGAUUCUUAAUCACCUGGUUAAAAUGAAUCCGGAACUUCGUAGAAUCUAUAAAAUUAAUAAAGAAGAAUUAACAUAUGAGUCAGUAUUGCUUCCUGCUGAUGAAGUAGAGGUUGAAAUGCAGCAAGUGCCCUUUGAAAGCAUUUGCAACGGACAGGAAACUGAUGAUCGAGAUCAAGUUUAUUUUGAUUUAACAACGGAUCUUCCAAUUCGUUUCAAAAUUGCUUGUAAAAAGAAUGUUACUCGCAUGAGGAUGUUCAUACAUUCUGUGAUAUCCGAUUUAUCCGGUGUUGCCAUGCUUUUCAGAGAUAUUGGUUCCUACAUGAAACCAUACAUUUGCAAUGAGUCUCUGCCAGAGAAGGAUACGAGUAUUGUGCCAGCCGAUGCCGUAAGAACUGCAUUGAACCCAAGAAUGCCUGACCUGAAGCAAUACUGGAAAAUGCAGUUGUCUCAGGAUGUUCAUCCUUUUACAUUUUCUGAUGACAUCGAAGAAGAACUAGAUGAGGCCAACUGGUAUCAGUUUGCAGAGGAUGUUCCACUUGAGCUUGUUAACGAUAUACUGAAUUACACGAAAUCAUCGGGGCUAUCUCUAUACAACUUCAUUGUCCCAGUCUAUAUGCUAUUUUUAUACGAGAAAACGAACAAAGACCUUAUUCCGCUGGUCACAAAUAAUGACAUGAGGGGACAUGUUCCACAACUGAAAUCUUUUGUCACCCGCUGUAUCAAUGCCAUGCCUGUAAUAGGUGACAUGCGUAAUCUCGGAAAAGUCAGUGACUACAUUAAAAAGAGUUCCACUAGUUUACAUCGCAUAACGCAACAAAGCGCAUUCCCUUAUGCAUUAAUACAAGACGAAAUGCCUACAGAGGAACUUAAGAAGCAUAUUGGUCGACAUAGGAUUGUAAUGGACAACAUGGCACACCUAAAUCAAACAUAUAAACACAAUAGAGUUACAAUUAAAGUAUCAAAUGUCCACCAUACACGAUAUGUGUACGAGACCACAUUGUACAUUAUGUAUGACCUUCAGGAGAACAAGGUUGCUCUUCAGUAUGGAUACAACACACGCGCCGUGAAACAUGAAGACGCUGCUAUUGUUCCAGGAAGAAUCAUGGAGUUAAUGAGGGCGUUCUUAGAUCAUCCCGAUGCUGAGAUUAGCGAUAUUUUAAGUGGGAACAUCGUGAUCAACAGCAUUCCAAAGAGUAUCAAAGCGCCUCAUAUGAAAAUCAGCAAUGAGCACAAUUCUGUCACUGAUAAGAAGUCACCGAUAAAGCAGAGGAAGCCAUCUAAAACCUCAAAAAGGACCAGUGAAUUCACAAACAGUCUGGGUAGUGAUAUUUCGAUUCUGCGACAAGAUUGUUUUAUAAAGCAGACCAGCCAAGGUUGGGAACACACAGUUCAAGUGUCUCUAGCACUAGAUAUGUCGAUCAAAAGCAGUGGCGAACUUGUUUUACAGUGGGGUAAAAUAAAUAGCUCAUACAAGAGGCACCUGCAGGUGGAUUCUAUAUCAGAAGUUUCUGUGAAGAAACUAAAUGGAAUGUACAAUAUAUUCCUGCGAACGGCCAACAAAUGGUUUGUUCUUAAAACUAUGUCACAAAACCAGGCAACUGAUUGGCUUGAGACUUUAAAAAAUGCCGUAGAGGAGAGAAAACGACCAGGACAAAGAAAUGUUAAAAUGCUUGUUGAACAUUUAUAAAAAAUAUGGUGUUGUUCAAAGUAUGAUUAUGCUAGGUGGUACUUGUCGGUCACAUAUGUUCUAUUAUGUGCCGGUACGUCCAUGGAUAUUGUUAUGAAUGUAAUAUGUGUUGUAAAUACCUGACUGUGUUCUGUUGGUGUAUUUUCUCUUUUAUUAGCUACAUGAUUAUAUGGAGUAAUAUUAGCAUCGAAGUGUCUUACUUUAAGAAAGACCGACAACGAUCAAUUCCGAAUAAAGUAACGAGUGUUCUUGCUAAAAUAGAUAUUCAAAUGUUUUAGUAGUUUCUAAUAUAACUAUUAUUUUUAACAGUUCAUUGUUAUGUUAAUACAUAGCAUAUUGUUAUGAAUAUGUAUGUGUAUGUUGAAAGAGAAAUUGUUAUGUAAUGCAUGAUCUUAUUUCAAAAAUAAGCAAAUGUUUUGUUGUACAAUUUAAAUUACCAUAAACCUUUAUGGUAUUUCUUUUUUACGUUAAAUUUUGCAUACUUUGCCUUCAUUUAAAUGUUGUUUUGUAACGAGAAAAUAGUUCCACUUUCUUUGUUUAAACUUGAAUGUUGUUCAAAGAAAUACUUUUAAAAUAGAAGAACAAUAGGCUUUGUAAUUUGUUACAUUCUUUUUGACAUAAUAUCAAGCCAUUUUGAUAUAGUGUUAAAUUUAAAAUGAAUUCAUUUCUUUUUGUUAUCAGUUAUCAAUAUAGUUCAUUUACAGAGAUAGUUGUUUAAAAGAAAUGCUUUAGAAAUGCUAAAUGAAUGUUCAAGGUUUAUUAUUUAAUAAAUAAAGAAAGCUAAUGACAACU